CGGGUCUGGGUUUCACAAGCAGUCGUUGCGUCUUUCAUUGGCGGUGGUGUGGCUGGUGCCGUGUCGCGUACUGUUGUUUCGCCCCUGGAACGGCUGAAGAUUUUACUGCAAGUGCAGUCCUCUGGCCGCACCGAAUAUAAGAUGAGCAUCUCCAAAGCCCUGGCAAAAAUCUGGAGGGAAGAAGGUUUCAAGGGCAUGAUGGCAGGGAAUGGUACGAACUGCAUACGCAUUGUCCCUUACAGUGCUGUUCAAUUCGGAAGUUACAAUAUCUACAAACCGUAUUUCGAAGAAUCACCCGAUCAACCUCUCUCGGCUGUCCGCCGCCUCGUCUGCGGUGCUCUAGCAGGAAUUACCUCAGUCUCAGUCACCUACCCACUCGACAUCGUUCGGACCCGUCUGUCCAUUCAAUCCGCUUCAUUUUCUGAUCUCAGCGCCGCUGCACCGAAGACCGCCGCCGGCUCGGCAUCAGCAAAGCCGGCGCCUCCAAAACUUCCUGGCAUGUGGGUUACGCUUGUUCUCAUGUACCGCAAUGAAGGCGGCGUCGCAGCUCUAUACCGCGGCAUUCUGCCCACUGUCGCCGGUGUGGCGCCUUAUGUUGGUCUGAAUUUCAUGGUCUACGAGAGCGUAAGGCAGUAUUUUACACCCGAAGGCCAGCAGAAUCCUUCUGCUAUCGGAAAGCUCUCCGCCGGUGCAAUCUCAGGCGCCGUGGCGCAGACCGCAACGUAUCCCUUCGAUGUUCUCCGUCGACGUUUCCAAAUCAACACCAUGUCCGGAAUGGGUUACCAAUACAAGUCCAUCUUCGAUGCUGUGCGAGUCAUUGUCGCACAGGAAGGUGCCGCUGGUCUGUACAAAGGCAUUGCGCCGAACUUGCUCAAGGUUGCGCCCAGCAUGGCGAGCAGCUGGUUGAGCUUCGAGUUGACGAGAGACUUCUUCGUAAGUUUA